AAUUGUUGAAAUGAAUAGAGCCUAUCGACAUGUUGACGAGUCACGUCUAUGGAACGAUUUAACAUCAAUUGAAGUUAUCGCACCUGGUGAAAGUAAUCCACAAUUGGGCAAAGAAUGGCGAUACGCUUUUCAGACAGUUGAAAAACUAAAUCUAUGUGUAGCAUCCAAAGGAAUACCAAAUAUGGAUAUACACUUGUUAUGGCGACACAAUCGACGAUUACGUGACAUCUAUCGAAAUACAGAAAUGAGCGCACCACCUCCGCUGGUUGUUGAUGGUGGUGUGAAAAAAUUGUACGAGAGCGGGAUAAGAGAUUCAGUUUUGGUGGGUAUUCGGAAUGGUAUUUUGUUCAUCGCUCCACAGAACGGCGAGUUUGAUUAUUUGGAUGAAGCCUACAACCUGGCCGGUCUAUACGCGAAAAAUGGCGAAAUUGCGAAAGCGUUUGGAGAAACGAGCAAAGCGUUUUUAUUGUCACAACAUUUCAAAGAGGUGAUUGUUGUGAUCGCAAAUGUUAAUGGUGUGUAUUUCAAAGCUUACAAAACGUCGAGGUUAGCAUUGUUUCAGACUGGCAGCAAUCCCUUUUGUUGUCAACACCCAUUGGCAUGUAGAUGGUUUUAUUUCCAGUGA